CUUCAAAUCCUCUAUAUCCUGAUCAUCACAAGUUCUUCUAUUACUUUUCUAGUUUCGAUCUAGCACUAUAAGUACUACUACUAGGGUUUGGGAGAUGGCUUCCAAAAGCUCUGCCUUACUGGCUCUAUUCUUCUCACUCAAUCUUCUCUUCUUUGCACUUGUCACUGCAUGUGGCAGUGGCACAUGCCCUAGUCCAAGGUCAAGGCCGGCCAACCCCAACCCCAACGGUAGGAACCCAAACAACCCGAACCCAAACAACCCGAACCCAAAUAACCCGAACCCAAAUAAUCCGAACCCAAACCCCAACCCUUCCCGGGGUUCAUGCCCUAGGGAUGCUCUAAAACUUGGAGUAUGCGCUGAUUUGCUCGGCGGUUUGCUUAACGUUACCAUAGGCACCCCUCCGGUAACUCCUUGCUGCACUCUCAUCCAAGGCCUUGCUGACCUUGAAGCUGCUGUCUGUCUUUGUACUGUCAUCAGAGCUAAUAUAUUGGGCAUCAACCUCAACAUCCCAAUUUCUCUCAGCUUGCUUCUCAAUGUUUGUUCAAGGAGAGCUCCAUCUGGAUUCCAGUGUGCGUAGAAUUAAUACAAAUCUCGUUUCUUAUUAUUGUAUGUCCAUGGCUUUAAUUUCCCUCGUUUGAAACUAUAAUAUUCUAUUGUUAUGUGUGUGGUGUAAGUGAGAAUCUCUAGCUAGUUUUAAUUCCUUGUUAUAGUUGCUUUCGGAUUUGAGGGAUUAUAAUGAAUAAGUUUCCUUUCUGAUGUUUACCCAUUUGAUUGAAAUGGAAUAUCAAUAUUAU